UUGGUGUCUCCGGAGCUGGGAGGAUGGCUGGAGAGCUCUCCCUCAACUUUACCGUGCAGCCCGCAGGAGGAAAUGUCAGCAAUGCUUUGGUGCCAGGGGUGGUACUGAAGACAGACCUCCUGGCCCCUUCCCGGGGCACGGCGAUGUUUAUCGUCCGCUGUGUGAUCCCUUCGCUUUACCUGCUCAUCAUCACCGUGGGCUUGCUAGGCAACAUCACCCUGGUGAAGAUCUUCAUUUCCAACAGCGCUAUGAGAAGCGUGCCCAAUAUCUUCAUCUCCAGCCUGGCCGCCGGAGACCUCUUGCUGCUGGUGACCUGCAUGCCGGUGGAUGCCUCCAGCUACCUCUUCGAGGAAUGGAUGUUCGGGAAGGUGGGCUGCAAACUCAUCCCGGCCAUCCAGCUCACCUCGGUGGGCGUGUCCGUCUUCACGCUCACCGCCCUGAGUGCAGACAGGUACAAAGCAAUUGUAAAUCCCAUGGAUAUCCAAACAUCAAAUGCAGUUCUGUGGACGUGUUUUAAAGCUUUUGCCAUCUGGAUAAUCUCCAUGAUGUUAGCAGUUCCUGAAGCAGUUUUCUCUGAAGUGGCCCACAUCAACGGUACAGAUAAUGUCAGUUUCAGGGCAUGCGUACCGUAUCCCAAGACAGAUGACAUGCACCCAAAGAUCCACUCUGUGCUGAUAUUCUUAGUAUAUUUCCUUAUCCCUCUCACUAUCAUUAGUAUCUACUACUAUCAUAUUGCUAAGACUUUAAUUAAGAGUGCACACAAUAUCCCUGGAGAAUAUAGUGAGCAUUCUAAAAGACAGAUGGAAACUCGAAAGCGUCUGGCAAAAAUUGUUCUGGUCUUUGUUGGCUGUUUUGCCAUCUGCUGGUUCCCUAACCAUGUAUUGUACAUGUACCGGUCGUUUAAUUACAGUGAGAUCGACCCAUCGCUAGGACAUAUGAUCAUUACCUUAGUGGCCCGAGUAUUGAGUUUCUGCAACUCCUGCGUCAACCCAUUUGCACUGUAUUUUCUGAGUGAGAGCUUUAGGAGACAUUUCAACAGUCAACUUUGCUGCGGGAGGAAAUCUCAUCGAGAGAGAUCCACCAGUUAUCUGCUCAGCUCCUCUGCCAUACGAAUGACUUCUCUGAAAAGCAAUGCCAAGAACACCGUGACUACCUUGACUCUACUGAAUGGGCACAACCUAAAACAGGAAAUGUCAUUAUGA